AUGGACCAUACGACCAAUCGCUCUGCUGCACCGACGCAGAGUUUUGAGAAGCAAGCAAAUGUUGCAGUUGCAAUGAUGGAUGAUGGUCUCCAUGGUGCUCCCAAGACAGCUCCCAGGACAGCUCCCGAGACAGCUCCAAUGGCCUUGCUCUUCUGCGGCCUGGCAUUCGUGUUUGCCAUCUAUGUCGUCUACUGCAUGCGCUACGUGCCAUCGACGAUGGAUGCCCUCUUUAUCAUUGCGCAGCCGCUGAGCUUUCUGCUUGUGGAUGCGACCUGGAACUGGACCUACGGCAAGCCGCGGCAAGUUUCGUGUGCCGCCCUAUCCGCCGCGGGGCUGGCCUACCUCGCCAUCACGUACCUGUCCGCUCCCUCUGAGCCAUGGAUCUGGUGCGUCCUCGUUGCAAGUCAGAUCGCUGGUAUCGCAGUGUCCAACUGCUCCAUAGCUGUGCAAGAAGAGCAAGACGAUCCAUACCUUCCUAAAAUGUAG